UUCUGAUCAAGCUGUUAAUAAACUUGCAUCCGCCAAGAAAAGUUUGUCUGAAACAGUUAAUCUUACAAUGUCAGGUGCUUUUGGUUACUCUGGACAAAUCACUAUAGGUGGUCAAAAUUUUACAACAAUUUUCGACACAGGAAGUUCUGAUCUUUGGGUUCCAUGGGUGAAUUGCACGGAAACCGCUUGCAAAAAACAUCGACGAUUCAAUGAAAGAUUAUCGAAAUCAUUUAAUCACACGUACAAUGGUACUAUGUAUUAUAUGGGUUAUGGUUUAAUGUUUUUCAAUGUUAUUACCGCACAAGACAAUCUUCAAGUGGGAGAUAUAGAAUCUGUAGGUCAAAUAUUCGGCCUUUCGACUUACGAAAACUUUUUGUUUGAAGAUUUACAAUUUGAUGGAGUUUUCGGCAUGGCUUUUGACGAUAUUAGUACUUUCGGUGCUGCAACACCUUUUUCAAAUAUGAUUAAUCAAAAGGCUAUUAAUGAACCAUAUUUUAGUUUUUAUCUUCAACGAUCAAAAGAUGAUGUGGGAAAAUUAACGCUUGGUGGUGUUGACACGACUAAAUUCACUGGAAAUCUUAGUUAUCACAAAGUAGCUCAAUAUAAUGGUUCAUACAAGUUCUGGAUGACUGAAAUGGAUGAUAUUUCUAUUAAUGGCAAGAAACUUAACUACACAAAUAAAAAGGCUAUAUUUGAUACUGGAGUUCCUGCAAUACUUAUGCCAUAUUAUGACGCUGACUCCUUUCAUAAAUAUGUUAAUGGGUCAUACAAUCAAUUUACGAAUUAUGUAUCUCAAGUAUCAUUUAUAUUUGGUGGAAUUAGUUAUAAUAUUAAUGCAUCAGAACUAAUUUUGCAAUAUGAUAAAGAUUACCACCAAUGCAUUUCUGGAGUUCAAUCUGCAGAUAUCUCUGAGGAUGACACAUGGGUUGUUGAUGGCAGAGAGUUAGACACAGAAAAAGGUUUAGAUUUUGAAGAUGAUAACAUUGAUUUGGUAUUUCAAAAAACAGAUUGUAGUAUUAGGAAUGGAGUUGUAACCCACUUUCAGAGAGAAGAAAGAAUUAACUUAGUUCUGGCUGAUGUCUUUCUAAUAGUAUUUGAUAAUAUUAAAAAGAAAAUUGACAAGAAUUUCUUAGCCUUACAUAAAGAAAUAGAAAAGGGUAAUAUAUUGGAUGAAGCAUGGUCUAAG